ACACACAACAAUCAAAUUAAAAAUCGGUAUAACUAGGAUUAGGACAGUGGUCCUUCCAAAGCGCUUUGUGGCUUCGCUUUAAUGGCUCCAUAGUUCUCUUUGUAGUUGUACAUUUCCUCUAAAGGAAAAGUGAAAGAGAAAAGAGAGACAGAUUGUGAGAGAGAAAGAGAGAGAAAAGAACGCUGCUGAAAAGAGAAAUCACUCACCGACUUUAGACAGUGAAGGCUUCCCAAGAGAGACAAAGAGGAGUGUGAAAUAGAGGACACAAUUAUGGAGCUCUAAAUCAGCCACUGCCUUUUACCACGUUCCUCUUGUUCUUGGUGCCAUGGUCAGACCCUGAAACAGACUUCCCCAACCUUUUCCAUGCUAUAAAGAUCAAAACGGAGUUUGACUCUACAUGGCUAACCGCAAAAAAUGUAUAAACCAAGACAACAAUUGUGACAAAUUGAAGAAAAACUCAGUGAGGAAAAUUCGCAUUAUAUACUCUGAUCCUUAUGCCACUGAAUCUUCAAGUGAUGAUGAAGAAAAAAAUGAGUUCAAGCCAAUGGGUGGUAAGCGCAAUGUCAAGGAGAUUUUGAUUCCAAAUGAGAAUUCAUUAUCGACUGAUGUGAAUGCCAUAUCCAAAGAGUGUAAAGAUUUGUUUUCUCAACCAUCCUCCCCAUCAUCCGUGCUUGAGGUCUCUACUCCAGCUCUACUUGGUAAUGGAAUUGGAAAUUCAAUCAAAGAAGACAAUGUGGAACUAAUUCUAUACAGCUCUACUUCAGCUCUUGUUGGUAAUCAAGUUGGAAAUUCAAACAAAGAAGAAGGCAGUGUGGAUCCAAAUCGUAAAGAAGAACAAUCGUUUUUGGAUUUCAUGGAUGACAUUGAUGCUUAUCCUACGCUUGGGGAUGAAUGUGGAGAGGAAUACGCUCUUCCUCCUUUCGAUAUUGAAUUUGCUGUUGGGGAUUUUUCUUGGAUUGAUGAGGUCCUAGAUCUUUCAGGACUAUAAUUUCUGCAGUUCUUUCCUACCUUUUUUCCCAAACAUUUUGCAGUUAGGAAGUAGCAGUUAGUAUUCUUUGUAUUAUAGCAAAUAUCUUCAUUUUGCAGAGUUUUGGAGGUUUUUGCCAUCUUUGUUAGGGGGCAAGAGAGUUCUUGGGUUUUCUCUGUGCUUUUAUAGCCGUCCCAAGUUUUGUAAGCUCUCAAGUAGUCUCAACUCUCAACCACUGCUCCCACUUCCAUAUAUCAGUUGUUUGUAAUUAAGAUUA